AAAUCAUAAGAAAUGGAUGUGUCACAGACUGAUUCGGAAUACAGCUCAACAUCUUAUUGUGUUUAUGUUGACAUCAAUGUUGAAUUACCAGUCAGUGAUUGUAGUAAUACUGUCAGUGAGAAUUCAGCAUCAUUAUUGUGCGAAGAAUCUCACAUGGAAAUUGAACCAGACUCUAUAAUAAAUGUUAAUGAUAUAACAGUUGGUAAUGGGGGUGCAGAUCUUGACCAGUCUGUUAUGAGAUUGAUAGAGAGAACCCGACAGAGAAGAGAGAUGUUAAAUGAAAAAUUGGGCAAGACUCCAGAUCCAGCCCCAAGAAAGCGAACGAUACCAUUUUCAGAAAAUACUACACAUAAUAUACCAGAUGAUGAUGACUCCCCAAAACGUCACUGUUCAAGACAGCAAGAAGUUAGUAUUAAAUCUGAUACUCCAGCAAUAACUGGUGUUAAAUCUAGACUAGCAGUACUAAAAGAUAAUCGUGCCGAUUGGUCAGAUGUUUCUGAUGGAGAAACAAGCGUACCAGUUCCUGUGCCAAGGAAGAGUUUAUCAUCACCUCCCCCUAGAGAACCUGAACCAGUAUUUUCAUCAUCCAGGGGAAAUAGAUUUGCUAAGCUUGCUUCCAAUAUUAACAGCUGGGAGGACGAUUUAAGCCAUCCAACAAUAAGUAAAGAAGAAGAGAAAAAACCCAAAUGGCAGCCGCCAAAAGCACCAGUCUCUGAAAACACAAGCCUUAGUCACCAUAAGACACGGGCACCGGAACCUCCAAAACUUGCAGUUCCUCCAUCACCUAAAAAAACACAUGCCCCUCCUCCACCACCCAUGCCAUCAACAAUAGCCAAACACUCCCCCUGCAAGCCAGUUGCCAGUGUGCAGUCUCCCAGGAAGACACCAGUAUCAACUACAUAUAUGACUCUUGGUUCUCCUGCCAAACCAGUAGUUACACAAACAAUGUCUUCCCCAUUAAGAACACCUCAACAGUCUAGGAGUGCUCAAGAUACAGAUCAGAUACCAGUUAAUGCUAAAGGUUUAAAUGAAAGUCCUUCAGACCAAACAGAUGAUGAACCUACAGCUAAACCUGUAUCUGAAAGAUUUGCUAAAUGGGCUAAGAAAAGCGAUACCACGCCUAAGGUUGGUGAUCCUACACAGACUCCUGUGUCUGCACGGAUGGCAAAUUGGCAGCAGAAAGCAUCCAAUCCACCCAAAUCUACUCCAGUGGUUUCGACCUCGAAAGUAAAACCCCUACCCAAACAAAUCUGUACACCAGUAACACAGGCUGCUUUCAAAUCAAAAUCCCCACUGAAAAAUAACAAUACUACAGCUUCAGAUUCUCCCCAGGGUAUGACUGUUCACAAGACCACAGCAGAUGAUCCAGCAUCACUUCCUGUGUCCAGUAGAAUGGCUACAUGGCAACAGAAGGCAGCUAAACCUAAACAAGAUGAAGAACCUACAGCCUACCCUGUCUUGGCUCGUAUGUCUGCUUGGGAACAGAUGUCUUCUACUAACCAAGUAGCUCAUAUAAAGAAAGUCAAUCCUGCUCCUGCUCCAGCCCCAGUAAAAGCAGCUCAGCCGAUUGCAUUAGGCUCAGUUUUAACAUCUUCUAGCAAGCUGACACAAAAACCUGUCUCUUCUCCAAAAAGCAAGGGCCUGACACCAAGCAAGAGUUUUGUGGAAAGUAUACAGGAGCGUGCUUCCCAGAUCAAUCAUUCUCCAACUUGUAAAUCUCCGCCAAAAGUUCAAUCACCGGCUAAAGUGAGUUGUACCAUGAAGUCUGUACAGCAACGAUUAAUGGAACAGACACACAACAGUGAUAAGAGUCAUAACCAUGUUGACAAGAUACGACAAGAAAGAAUGGCUGAGUUGAAUGUCAUUCAAAACCGAUGGAAGAAUGGUAUUUUGAACGACAAAACAGAUACUGAAACUGACGUAAAUCAAGUAAUACCCCCUCCCCCUCCACCCCCUCCCGCAGUUCAAUCAAGCCCUAUGAAGACUGUUAAAUCAAGUCCCGCUAAAAGUCAAACUGGUGAUCAGAGAGAUGCUAUCAAAGCUAGAGCGAGAGCAGAUCAUGAUAGUGAUGUAGAAAUGGAAGAGA